ACUGCAGACUGCAAUUAAUUUUAAUUAUUUCAUAUUAUAAUAUUAAAUAAGGAUCCAUUCUCCGGUCUCCCUCUUCACGACGCGUCGACAUUCACUACUCAAACUGUAUGUAUGUAUAACGAAUACCUCAGUUAUCUGGUCACAUUCGAAUAUUAUGGUAAGGUAUUACGUGCGAUCGUCACUCGUCACGACGCCUUUAUAAGAAUUAUAUAUCAUCGUUAGUGUAAACGUGCGCAUGCAAAUAUUUGGUCUGGCGAGUGUUAUUUCAUAAAUCAUAAUAGUUACCAAUGUUAUAUUGUUAUAAGAGCUGAUGCGACACCGUAAUAAUUGCUUACAUAUUUAUUAUUGUAUACCUAAACAGUAAACAUACGUCGCCACUGGUAAUAGUUAAUUGAUCGUGUAGGUACAAUUUAAUUAAAUCGGUUGUAAUGUCGGUUUAUGAAAACGUAGACUAUGAUGGCUUGUUGGCGAAAAUGGACCGAAAAUCGUUUGUGAUCGAUGUCCGCGAAUGUCACGAACUUGCUGCAACUGGAUCGUUACCAAACAGUAUAAACGUUCCACUCGGCGAGUUGGAAAACGAUUUAAAUUUGCCCACUGACGUAUUCGAGGAAAAAUACAAAGUGCCCAAACCCGACAAAGAAAACGACGAAAUCGUAUUCUCCUGUGCCCGAGGAAAUAGAAGUCGUCGUGCAGCUGAAAUCGCUUCCAAACUAGAUUAUAAAAAGUUAUAUAAUUACACAGGUGGUUGGACUGAAUGGUCGGUGAAAUAUCCAAGAAGUACAUAAUAUUAUUUAAUAUUGAAAUACUAAAUAACUAAAUAAGUAGUAUCAUUGGUUUCUAUUACAAAUACUACCGUCUACUAAUGGUACCUACUGCUAUAUUACAGUAUUACCUACCAUAGGUACUGUCAUAUUUUUUUAUGUCUCAUUCUAAUUGUCUUAAUGUCAGUAAACAUACCUAAUACCUAUGAUUUAUCUUCUUAUAUAAUUAUUUUGAUUUUUAAUACCUACACAUAUUAUGAUUAAAGUUUAUAUUUUGUAACUCUUCAUAAAUUAAUGAAUAAAUACCUACAUAUAUUUUAA